UUACAGUAUAAAAUAAAAACAAAAAUACAUUUUGAAAAAAUCGUAAACAAAAAAAAACAAAACAAAAAAGUACAGCAGGCCUCAGGCUAGGACCGUCUGAAGUGUUAUUAACUGAUUAAUAAUAAUAAUACUAAUAAUAAUAAUAAUAAUAAUUCCUUCUUUCCUCACGCUUUCCUGACCGGGAGUUUUGUUCCAGAGUUGCUGAAGCUUUGUUGGCUUCGCUUCUUUGCUUUUCUUAAACCUGCACCUCAGCUGGAGUCCUAACCUGUUAUUUUAUUCGAUUACUUGCGCACAAGGAAUAUAUAUAUAGUUUUAUUUCUUCAUUGUAUUUUAUUUAGUAAGUGCUCAUUUUUAUUGGCCAAAUAUAUAAUUUAGCGCAGCCUUUUAAAUUUAAAAAGACAACUUGGACAAAAAAAAAAAAAAAAACACUGCAUAUCAUAAGUUUUAAAAAUAAAAUUUUAAAUAAAAAACAAUCGCUACUCGUAUUUGUUUUCGAUAUUCACCAUGAACUCGGCGGCGGCGGUCGCGACCAGCUAUCCUAUGGCUUCUCUCUAUGUCGGCGACCUGCACCCCGAUAUUACUGAAGCGAUGCUCUACGAGAAAUUCAGCCCAGCGGGGCCGGUGCUGUCUAUCCGAGUCUGUCGCGACAUGAUCACCAGACGCUCUCUGGGCUAUGCCUAUGUCAACUUUCAACAGCCAGCAGAUGCUGAGAGAGCUCUGGACACCAUGAACUUUGACGUGGUCAAGGGCAAGCCGAUCCGCAUCAUGUGGUCGCAGAGAGACCCCUCCCUGAGGAAAUCGGGGGUUGGCAACGUGUUCAUCAAGAACCUGGACAAGUCCAUCGACAACAAGGCUCUGUACGAUACCUUCUCCGCCUUCGGGAACAUCCUGUCCUGCAAGGUGGUGUGUGAUGAGAACGGCUCCAAGGGCUACGCCUUCGUCCACUUUGAGACGCAGGAGGCUGCGGACCGGGCCAUCGAGAAGAUGAACGGCAUGCUGCUGAACGACCGUAAGGUGUUCGUGGGCCGGUUCAAAUCUCGGAAGGAGCGUGAGGCGGAGCUGGGGGCCAAAGCCAAGGAGUUCACCAACGUGUAUGUAAAGAACUUCGGGGACGACGUGAGCGACGAGAAGCUGCAGGAGCUCUUCAGUGCCUACGGUAAGACCCUGAGCGUGAAGGUCAUGACCGACUCCACCGGCAAGUCAAGAGGCUUUGGAUUCGUCAGCUAUGAGAAACACGAGGACGCCAGCAAGGCGGUGGAGGAGAUGAAUGGGAAGGAGCUCAGUGGGAAGCAGGUGUUUGUGGGGCGCGCUCAGAAGAAGGUGGAGCGGCAGGCGGAGCUGAAGAGGAGGUUCGAGCAGCUGAAGCAGGAGAGGAUCAGCCGCUACCAGGGUGUGAAUCUCUACAUCAAGAAUCUGGAUGACACCAUCGAUGAUGAGAAACUGCGCCAGGAGUUCAUCCCCUUCGGCUCCAUCACCAGCACCAAGGUCAUGCAGGAGGAGGGCCGCUCAAAGGGCUUCGGGUUCGUGUGCUUCUCGUCGCCGGAGGAGGCCACCAAGGCGGUGACGGAGAUGAACGGGCGCAUCGUGGGCUCCAAGCCGCUGUACGUGGCGCUGGCACAGCGUAAGGAGGAGCGCAAGGCCCACCUCACCAACCAGUACAUGCAGCGCAUCGCCGGCAUGAGGGCCAUGCCAGCCAACACCAUCCUCAACCAGUUCCAGCCGGCCGGAGGCUACUUCAUGCCAGCCGUGCCCCAGGCGCAGAACAGAGCGACCUACUACACUCCUAACCAGCUGGCCCAGGUGAGACCGAACCCGCGCUGGCAGCAGCAGGGAGGGAGGCCCCAAGGUGGGUACCAGUCUGUGCCCAACGCCCUGCGCCAGUCCGGCCCCCGGCCCAGCCUGAGACACCUGGGACCCAGCAACAACAUGCAGGGGCCCCGCGCCAUCCCCACCGGAGCACAGAGAGGGGUGGCUGGCAGUCAGCCCCUGGGACCCCGCCUCCCUGUUACUGGCCCCGCCCCCCGUGCAGUCCCGCCCUACAAAUACGCCGCCACAGUCCGGAGCUCUCAGCCAAUCAGCAUGCAGCAGGCUCAGCCGGCCGUGCUCGUCCAGGGGCAGGAGCCCCUCACAGCCUCCAUGCUGGCAGCAGCACCCCCCCAGGAGCAGAAACAGAUGCUGGGGGAGCGUCUCUUCCCCCUGAUCCAGUCCAUGCACCCCAGCCUGGCUGGUAAGAUCACCGGCAUGCUGCUGGAGAUCGACAACUCGGAGCUGCUGCACAUGCUGGAGUCCCACGAGUCACUGCGCUCCAAGGUGGAGGAGGCCGUGGCUGUGCUGCAGGCUCACCAGGCCAAAAAGGACGCAACCCAGAAAGUAGGGGUCCUCCCAACUGCCACCCCAACCCCCGCCACCUCCUAACGACCCGCCUGAGACCCCCAUCGUACAGCAGGGAGCCCCUCCCCCAGCCAGCACGUCGGAGUCACCAACUGAAAGAAAUCAUGGAGGAGUGCAUUCACUGAUUGAAGGAUACAAACCUCUUUCAAAUUCUAUUUUAGUAAAUGUAAAAAUAAUCUACAAAUAUAUUAAUAUAUAAAACAAAAUCAAUUGACAAGGUUUAAAGAUUUCUUUUAACAAUUAUUUAUUUCCCUGUGGCCGGGACAAAUAUAUGUGAAAAAAAAAACCCAAUCGUGUUCUUUCAGAGAGAGAGAACAUAAAGGAGAAUGUUUGUUUUUUGUUUUCUUCUUUUCUGGUUGAAAGAUUGUUCGCUGGAGUUUUGGCCGGGAUUGGGUUAAGCCUGGUUGGUGUGAUCAAUAACUUUCACAAUAAAGAAAUGAAAUGA